AUGUCCAGCAAAGAUCGGGAUCUUGUCGAGAGUAUGUUGGCUGAUGUCAAUGUUGACAUAGAUAAUAUACCUUACACUGCGCCACCUGGUGAGGAAGGAAUGGACUUCAGCCACGAAGGCGGAGAGCACGAAGCUUUUGAAGGAUUGGCUCAGCAGAUGGCGGAUCUCUCAGGAUGCAUUCAGGCGCAAUGCAAGGCUUUAUGUCACCUCCAUAAUAUUCCAUAUCAAUCAUACCUCAACACGCAGUUUUUGGACGCUUGUGAUAUAUAUCUUGAAAUCUUACAUUGUGUCGACAUCCUUAUCAACAAAGCCCUUAACCGCAACACACCCAACUGGCGUCUUCUGAACUCUUGCCCAUGCUGCUUCUACAAGCUAGAGGACGAAGAACCUUUGGCUCUGGAGUGGUUAGUGACUAUGGAUGGCAACAAUAGCCUGAAACGAUGGACGUCCUCAACUGCUGAUGGCACCACUACCCGAAAUGAUUCAUGCAGGUUUCGCUCUGACUACUGGCUUGACCGCUUGACAGUAGAUAAGUUUAAGGACGAAGUGCAAGGACGCACAGUAGAACAAUGCAAAAGGAUGUUUGCGGUGUUUGAUGAAUCAGGGAUUUUUAUUGCUGCAUGCCAACACCGGUUUAUCCUUCUUGCGUGUGAUAUGAUUAAGAGUGGUGAACUUGUGAAAUAUCCAUUAGCGAUGGUCGAUAAACUUCUCACAGUUUACAGCAGAAAUGGAGGUUGUGUGUACGACAUCGGCUGCACAUUUGCGAAGACGCUCGGGAACAGCUCUUUGGGGCCAUGUACUUCUGCCCUCAACUUUCGGAUGAUGGUAGGAGCGUUUCAUGGCCAUGCGCAUAAUCGACGAUGCCAAAUAGAUUGGCACCCCAUGUAUAUUGAAGGCACUGGACACACAGAAGGCGAAGGAUGCGAACACAUUUUUUCUUCAUCAAACGAGCUUGCACGAAGUACUCAGCACGCUACAACCUUUCAUCGACAUCAAUCAAUCGAGCAGCAUUUUACAUUUUGGGAUGAGGAUAAGUAUGCAGCCUUAAGUGUUUUUUUACGGAAUCAUUAUCAAGAGGCCCUGACAGCUAUCCUAACGCUCACAGCAGAACUCUCGGCCAUUCAAGAAACCCUCAAUCUCACAAAUGCUGACUUUGUUCGUUUUCAUGUGCAAGAGCACGAAUAUCUUGAUGGGUUGAAACAGGCACCAGUCAAGGACCACCUCAGUGUCCGAUACGUCAAUGUCCUUGACAAGCUUGCUGAACGUCAUGAUAUGCACCUUGCCAUCAACCAAGCUCAGGUCCGCAUCGAUACGGCAUACUCGAAACUCCAGAACAUGGAAGAGAUAGCUGGACAUUUGGAGGUUCAACUUGGCAUUGACAAACAAGAAGCCUUGCUUCUGAAGUAUCGUUCAGCGCUCAACGAACUUGAGUGCCUUGUAGUCAUGCGUCUAUUUGAACUGUCCAAACUUUCGCUUUCAGGAACAGAUGCUAUUCAGAACACUAUCAAUCGUUACAACACUCAGGCCGCCACUUUGGUCCCACCUAGGCCUACACUAGCAUGGAAAGAUAUUGUUGAAUACAGCUUCCUUGGUGAAUUUGACCUAUUGCGUCAAUCACGUACUGACAUUCGAGAUGCUGACUGGACCGCACCUGCUCAUCGUGAAGCCACAGUGAAAUACUUCAAGCUCCAACGCGCUCAUGAAGAAAUACAGCAUCUGAAUAUCGAAGUCCGGCAUCUACACACAGCAAUACACGACGAGCAAAUCAAGACCGAUGCAACCAUAGACGAACUCCUCGUAACAAAUCCCCCGCUUGCUGCGGAGUUGAGAAGGCGAUGGCAGGCACGUGCUGCCAUUAAUGCUGUCCACCUGUACCAAUUAUGUCGAAUCAAGUCGCUGCCUGCGUUUUCGGGCAGACGUGGUAUUGGUGUCUGA